AUGAUGGUAGAAGCGACACUGGAGUUCUUCGGAACAACAACUUUUCGGCUGAAAUGGAAAGGCUUAACCAUAUUUCACGACACUUGGCUCGACAAACCUCCGGGUCUGAAACGAUACCUCGAGCUUGAGGAAGUAACUGAACUGGAUUACAUCGUCAUCUCGCACGCCCACUUCGAUCACCUUCCCGGCGCGGAUCAAUUGGCUCUCAGAACAGGAGCUACGGUGAUUGCCAAUGGCGAGGCUAUCAAAUGCCUUCGAGAUGCAGGCGUCCCCGACACGCAGUUAAUCCCAGUCAGCGGCGGUGAAAGAGUGCCCUUAUUCAGCAAGGAGAUUCUGAGAAAGGCUGCGGAAGGCAUGAUUGAUCGAGCUCCAGCACCACCGACGGCGCCUCCCACGCCCCAUGUCAAGUAUGCCACAGCGGCAGUCCACGUAUGGCCCUCACUGCACUCUUUGAUCCCGGCAGUUACACCACACGACCUGCCCGAAGAAUUCGAUACCGCCGAGCGCUAUACCGGCGAAGUGACCCCCUAUGCGUGUUCCCUGGACAUUACCAGACUGAUGCAGUUUGGCCUUUUCAAAAUGAAGGAGUUUCUGCCCGAGGAAAAGAUGGACCCAGGGACACGGGCCUUUGCCGAUUAUGUGCAGGACCGUCGGAAGCACGUCAUGUCGCACUUUGACGGCGGCCAGCUGAUGUAUAAUUUCGUCGCUGACGAUAAAAGCAUCUUGUUCAACAGUCACUUGGGCGUCUACCAAGGCAUCGCCCAAUAUCUAACGCCUAAGCCCACUGUUGCUAUCAUGGGAGUAGGCGGUCGAGCAAAUCUUGAUGGCAGACCGUUCCAAGGCUCGGCAGCCGAGUUCCUUGUCAAGCAGGCAAAGUGGCUCGGUGAACCUAGCAGCAUUUCUGCCUCAAUGAUCAAAAUGGAUGUCACUGCCGCGAAAGAUAAGCUGGAGCAGGAGACAGCGGCUAGAGCUAUUGAUACGCAGCCUGGGAAGGUUUACAACUUGGAGAUCUGA